AUGAGUGCAGAAAGCCCCAAAUUCGAUCUUCAAAAUGUCGACUAUUCAACCUAUUUGGUCACUGAUAGUACAAUGAUCCCUGAAUCGUCUACCUUUCUCAAGCAAGUGGAAGAUAGCAUCAAAGGAGGAGCAACCAUAGUCCAAUUGCGCGAGAAGUCUCUACUGACUUUGGAGUUUAUUGCAAGAGCAGAAAAAGUUCAUCAAAUGACAAAAAGAGCAGGUAUCCCACUUCUUAUCAACGACAGGAUUGAUGUAGCAUUAGCAAUUGACUGCGAAGGUGUCCAUAUUGGACAGGAUGACAUGCCAGCUAAGCUUGCUAGGAAGAUUCUAGGCGAAGAUAAAAUCAUUGGCAUUACAUGUUCUAACCCUGGAGAAGUUGAAGUUGUUUGCCAAGAGCAGAUUGCCGACUAUGUAGGCUUAGGAACCGUCUACCAAACGAAUACGAAGAAGGAUACCAAGACUCCACAUGGAAUAGGUCCAAUCGGGAUUAGACAAAUGCUCAGGGUCUUGAAUAUUCAUAAUUCGUCAGAGGCAGGUACUGGGAAGCAGAUCAAAUCUGUUGCCAUUGGAGGAGUCAAUCACACCAAUGCAAGUAAAGUACUCUUCCAGUGUAAAUACAAAAAUGAGACCCUUGAUGGCCUUGCCAUAGUUUCUUGCAUCAUGGCUGCACAAGACGCUAAGUCAGCCACUGAAACGUUUAUUGAAAGAGCCAAUUCAAAAUUUGUACAUAAUGAUCUUGACUCAGCUAGUAUUUCUCCAAAGUCUAUUACCGAGAAACACCCCUUGGUACAUCAUAUUACCAACAACGUAGUUAAGAAUUUCAGCGCAAAUGUGACGUUAGCCAUUGGGGGCUCUCCUAUUAUGUCUGAAUUGGCAGAAGAAUUUCAGGAAUUUUCAGAGAAGUUCGAAAACCUUUCUUUAGUAUUGAACUUAGGUACACCCAUCCCGAGCCAAGUGGAACUCUUCAAACAUGCAAUAGUGACUUACAAUGAAACUAAGACACCGAUAGUCUUUGAUCCUGUUGCGGCAGGAGCCUCUGAAGCAAGGUUGAAUGUGUGUAAACAGUUAUUAAAUGCCGGACAUAUGACCGUAAUAAAGGGCAAUCUCGGAGAGAUCCUGGCGAUUUACAAACUAACCACAGAGUAUGGUACUAAAAUCGACAAAGUAACAGAAGUUGCUAUGCGUGGGGUUGAUUCUGCGGGAGAAUUGCGGGAACAUGAUAUCUUCAAAAUUGCCCAGGCAAUUAUUGAAGACUUUGCAUGUAUUGUAGUAAUUACUGGAGAGAUUAACUAUGUAUGUAGAGUUGAUGGCCAUGGACUGCUUGAGGUCGAGAAGGUCCAAGGAGGAUCUCCCGUUAUGGGAUUAAUAACUGGGACAGGUUGCUCCUUGGGAAGCACCAUAGCAGCAUACCUUGGUGCCAGCUCGAGCAAUCAGUUCUCUGCAACAGUGGCUGCUGUUCGUAUAUACAACGAGGCUGGCCGCACUGCUGCGAUUAGCAGUUCCAAAAACCUCGAAGAGGUGCCCAAACCUGCUGCUUUUCAAAGUCAUUUUAUAGAUACUCUUUAUACAUUGAGUACUAGAUAA